GCAGGACGGGGCCACCGGGGCGGGCGCCGAGCGCCGAGCGCUGAGCGCUGAGGGUCUCCCAUGGGAUUGCUGGGACCUUUCUGGGUGAAAUGGCACUGUGUGCAAAAAAGCGCCCCCCAGGUAAGAAGGCAAGGUCUGUUGGUUCCCCAGAGCCAUUAAAAUUGGAUGUCAUUAUGGCUUAGGAAGCCAAGGGAAGAGGGACAACUGAUCGGGGUCUUGGGGGGCGGGGAUUAAAACCACUACACAUCCUGGGGAUAGCUAGGAAACGGACUUGUUCUGUUUGGUCCUUGAGCUGGUUUCCUGCUGGGGUGGUUCUAAGCACCGGCCCCCUGGACCCUGAAACACCUAUACUCUUGUCUUGGGGCAUCGGCAGCUCCUACUCUUUGGCCUGGUAUGCCCCUCAUUUUCCCACCCACCCGGACCUCCUAGUUUUCCUGCGGGUGGGAGGGAUGAUGGUGAAAGCGGUUCCCGGGACAACGCCGGCAGUCCGCUCACCCGCAUUGGCCCAGGCGGGGAGAGGGGGAGGCGGGGCUCGCGCACUGGCUUUCGCCUACGCUGCGCUGGCAGGCUGCUGCCCCUGCAGUAGGGGAACGGGCGGGGGCGGAGCCCAGGGCGUGCUCACCGGGUAGCGUCCACUCAGCUUGCGCCGGCCUCCGCGGGGGGCAUCAGGAGCGGUGGCGCAGCUGAGCUCGAGGUGGUCCGGGUCACUGGUGGCUGUGAGGAUGGCCUGGGCUGCGGGUGGCGCGCGCGCCGGGUGGCCGCGGCUUCCCUCUGAGCGCUCGCAGCUCUUGCACCACCUCCCUGGGGGGCCGCCCUAUUGGCGCUGCUGAGGCCAGGGACAAGACCGACUGCACCUUCCCCUACUUAAACCGGGAUCAUGACGGUCCCCAAGGAGAUUCCAGAGAAGUGGGCCCGAGCUGGGGCGCCUCCGUCUUGGAGCCGAAAGAAGCCCUCUUGGGGGACAGAAGAAGAAAGGAGGGCGCGGGCUAAUGACCGAGAAUACAAUGAGAAAUUCCAGUAUGCGAGUAACUGCAUCAAGACCUCCAAGUACAAUAUUCUCACCUUCCUGCCUGUCAACCUCUUUGAGCAGUUCCAGGAAGUUGCCAACACCUACUUCCUGUUCCUUCUCAUUCUACAGUUGAUCCCACAGAUCUCUUCCUUGUCUUGGUUCACCACCAUUGUGCCUUUGGUUCUUGUCCUCACCAUCACAGCUGUUAAAGAUGCCACUGAUGACUAUUUCCGCCACAAGAGUGAUAACCAGGUGAAUAACCGUCAGUCUCAGGUGCUGAUCAAUGGAAUCCUCCAGCAAGAACAGUGGAUGAAUGUCUGUGUUGGUGAUAUUAUCAAGCUAGAAAAUAACCAGUUUGUAGCGGCGGAUCUCCUCCUCCUUUCCAGCAGUGAGCCCCAUGGGCUGUGUUACAUAGAGACGGCAGAACUUGAUGGAGAGACCAACAUGAAAGUGCGUCAGGCCAUUCCAGUCACCUCGGAAUUGGGAGACAUCAGCAAGCUUGCCAAGUUUGAUGGUGAAGUGAUCUGUGAACCUCCCAACAACAAGCUGGACAAAUUCAGUGGAACCCUCUACUGGAAGGAAAACAAAUUCCCCCUGAGCAACCAGAACAUGCUGUUGCGGGGCUGUGUGCUUCGAAACACCGAGUGGUGCUUUGGGUUGGUCAUCUUCGCAGGUCCUGACACUAAGCUAAUGCAGAACAGUGGGAGGACAAAGUUCAAGAGAACAAGUAUUGAUCGCCUGAUGAAUACACUGGUGCUCUGGAUUUUUGGAUUCCUGGUCUGCAUGGGGGUUAUCCUGGCCAUUGGCAAUGCCAUCUGGGAGCACGAGGUGGGGAUGCGCUUCCAGGUGUACCUGCCUUGGGAUGAGGCGGUGGACAGUGCCUUCUUCUCUGGCUUCCUCUCCUUCUGGUCCUACAUCAUCAUCCUCAACACCGUCGUGCCCAUCUCACUGUAUGUCAGUGUGGAGGUCAUCCGUCUGGGCCACAGCUACUUCAUCAACUGGGACAAAAAGAUGUUCUGCAUGAAGAAGCGGACACCUGCUGAGGCCCGCACCACCACACUCAAUGAGGAGCUGGGUCAGGUGGAGUACAUCUUCUCUGACAAGACUGGCACCCUCACCCAGAACAUCAUGGUCUUCAAUAAGUGCUCCAUCAAUGGCCGCAGCUAUGGUGACGUGUUUGAUGUCCUGGGACACAAAGCUGAACUGGGAGCGAGGCCCGAGCCUGUUGACUUCUCUUUUAAUCCUCUGGCUGACAAGAAGUUCUUGUUUUGGGAUCCAAGCCUCUUGGAGGCUGUCAAGAUGGGAGACCCCCACACACAUGAGUUCUUCCGCCUCCUUUCCCUGUGUCACACUGUCAUGUCAGAAGAAAAGAACGAAGGAGAGCUGUACUACAAAGCCCAGUCCCCAGAUGAGGGGGCCUUGGUCACUGCAGCCAGGAACUUUGGAUUCGUGUUCCGCUCUCGUACACCCAAAACAAUUACUGUCCAUGAGAUGGGCACAGCCAUCACCUACCAGCUGCUGGCCAUCCUGGACUUCAACAAUAUCCGCAAGCGGAUGUCAGUCAUAGUACGGAAUCCAGAGGGGAAGAUACGACUGUACUGCAAAGGAGCAGACACCAUCCUGCUUGACAGACUCCAUCACUCUACGCAGGAGCUGCUCAACAGCACCACUGACCACCUGAAUGAAUACGCAGGGGAAGGGCUGAGAACGCUGGUGCUGGCCUACAAGGAUCUGGAUGAUGAGUACUACGAGGAGUGGGCUGAAAGACGACUGCAAGCCAGCGUGGCCCGUGACAGCCGGGAGGACAGGCUGGCCAGCAUCUAUGAGGAGGUUGAGAGUGACAUGAUGUUGCUGGGUGCAACAGCCAUUGAGGACAAACUUCAGCAAGGGGUUCCAGAGACCAUCGCCCUCCUGACGCUGGCCAACAUCAAGAUUUGGGUGCUAACUGGAGACAAACAAGAGACGGCCGUGAACAUUGGCUACUCCUGCAAGAUGCUGACGGACGACAUGACAGAGGUGUUCAUAGUCACGGGCCACACCGUUCUGGAGGUGCGAGAGGAACUCAGGAAAGCCCGGGAGAAGAUGGUGGACUCCUCUCGCACUGUAGGCAACGGUUUCACAUACCAGGAGAAACUUUCUUCUUCUAAGCUCACUUCUGUCCUGGAAGCUGUUGCCGGAGAGUAUGCGCUGGUCAUCAACGGUCAUAGCCUGGCCCAUGCAUUGGAGGCAGACAUGGAGCUGGAGUUUCUAGAGACAGCGUGUGCCUGCAAAGCUGUCAUCUGCUGCCGGGUUACCCCCUUGCAGAAGGCACAAGUAGUGGAACUGGUUAAGAAAUACAAGAAGGCUGUGACACUUGCCAUUGGGGAUGGGGCCAAUGAUGUCAGCAUGAUCAAAACAGCUCACAUCGGCGUGGGCAUCAGCGGGCAGGAAGGGAUCCAGGCCGUCCUGGCCUCGGAUUACUCUUUCUCUCAGUUCAAGUUCCUGCAGCGUCUCCUGCUGGUACAUGGUCGCUGGUCCUACCUGCGCAUGUGCAAGUUUCUCUGCUAUUUCUUCUAUAAGAACUUCGCUUUCACCAUGGUCCACUUCUGGUUUGGGUUCUUCUGCGGCUUCUCGGCCCAGACUGUGUAUGACCAGUAUUUCAUCACCCUCUAUAACAUCGUGUACACUUCCCUCCCAGUCCUGGCUAUGGGGGUCUUUGAUCAGGAUGUCCCUGAGCAGCGAAGCAUGGAGUACCCUAAGCUGUAUGAGCCAGGCCAGCUGAACCUCCUCUUCAACAAGCGAGAGUUCUUCAUCUGCAUUGCCCAGGGCAUUUACACCUCUGUGCUCAUGUUCUUCAUCCCCUAUGGGGUGUUUGCUGAGGCCACGCGGGAUGAUGGCACCCAGCUUGCUGACUACCAGUCCUUUGCAGUCACUGUGGCCACAUCACUGGUCAUUGUGGUCAGUGUGCAGAUUGGCCUGGAUACAGGCUAUUGGACGGCCAUCAACCACUUCUUCAUCUGGGGCAGCCUCGCUGUUUACUUUGCCAUCCUCUUUGCCAUGCACAGCAAUGGGCUCUUUGACAUGUUUCCGAACCAAUUCCGCUUUGUGGGGAAUGCCCAGAACACCCUGGCCCAACCCGCAGUGUGGCUCACCAUAGUACUCACUACAGUCGUCUGCAUCAUGCCUGUGGUUGCCUUUCGCUUCCUCAGGCUCAACCUGAAGCCCGACCUCUCCGACACGGUCCGCUACACCCAGCUGGUGAGGAAGAAGCAAAAAGCACAGCACCGCUGCAUGCGGCGGGUGGGCCGGACAGGGUCCCGGCGUUCCGGCUAUGCCUUCUCCCACCAGGAGGGCUUCGGGGAGCUUAUCAUGUCCGGCAAGAACAUGCGGCUCAGCUCCCUGGCGCUGUCCAGCUUCACCACCCGCUCCAGUUCAAGCUGGAUAGAAAGCCUACGGAGGAAGAAAAGUGACAGUGCCAGCAGCCCCAGUGGGGGGGCUGAUAAGCCCCUGAAAGGGUAAAGACAUGGACUGGGACACCCUGUGCCUGUGGCUGGAGCAUGCAGGGCCCGGCAGGUCACCAAGGAAACAGCAUCUCAGAACUGCUGGUCCUCAUUCCUUGCCUCCUGUCUUCCCUGGUAGACUCUAUCCUGCUGGUCCUACCAGCUCGGGGAGGAGGAGGGAGUGGGUCCAAAAGGAAAAGUGUGGGCUCGAGUAUAUGGAGGCAGCCCCAGUGGGGGACCAGAUGUGGAACCAAACCAAGAAGAAACUGAGAGAUUGGGUCUGCCUCUGCGCUGCCUGGGAGUCCACAGGGAGACUAUAAUCUCCAUAUUUUUUACUCCUGUUCCCCAGAGGGGCCCUAGUGCCCCUGUUCCUGAAUUACACAAGAAUGUAUCAUGCCGGGAAGCCAGAGAUCUGCUGGGGCCUCUGGGCCCCUCACAUCCUGUAUGUCUCCUUGAUUUGUGUUUGUGUCCAAUUUGGUUUUGUCUUUUUUAUUUGGCAAGUGGAGGAGGCCUUUAUGUGACUUUUAUGUUGUGGCUAGUGUCUUAACUCUCCUAGGAAGAGGAGACUGGCACACACUGGGACUGGCCCUACCUGCUGGAGUGUCUUGGGAGGAGCCUUAUCACAUGGGUCACAAGCCGCUAGUGCCCAUGGGACAGAGGGGCUGGCCAGAGAGGGAGGAACUGUUAGCCUAAGGGUGUUGGGAGAGUAAAAAGGUCCUGUCUCCUUCCUCACCUUGAGAGUAAAGUGCUGUCUCCUCCCCUAAGGCACACAUAUCAAUUCCUGGAUUCCAUAAGUCCUGCUGGUAUUGGGCUGGAACCUGGAAAAGGGACCCCAUCAUACUCAGUGAGUUGAAAAGCUGCCUGUGAAAUUUAAUCCUGAGGAAAAGUCUUUUCUUUCAUUUUAGUUUCAAGUUCAUUAGCAGACUUCCUUCUAACUUCCCUCCUCCUUCUUCAUCUGGUACUAUCUUGCACCUACCCCACCCCAGGACCCUGAGGUAGAGUUGAAAGGGGAAGCUGAGCACCCUGGGGUGGGAUUGAAAGGGGAAGCUGGCCUGUGCUUCCUUCUGCUCCACCCUCCAGGCCCAGCCUGGGGAAGAGGAGGCAGAAGGAGGGCAGAGCCAGGCUUGGGCCAGGAGACUGCCUGCGUGGUGCCUGGCUUUGUCUGAAACUGGAGGCUGCUCACCACCUGUCCACCUGUCCUUUCUCCCCAUCUUCCACACCUACGGAGCUGUUCCCUGAGUCAGGCACUUCUCAAAUUGGUUGCUGCCUAACUGGCCUAGAAAAGAAGACUUUCCUCUUCUUUGGUAGUUAAGGAGUAGGGGAGGGUACUUCUGGAAUGGUAUGGGAGCCCCAAAGUAGCUGGAGGUGAGCUGCAGUCAGGGGGGGCUAGAGUGGGUGGGGAGUGGGGGAUGGGAAAAUCUUGACAGGGAAAUCCCUUUUGGCUACACAGUUUACAAACCCAAAAUCAUGUCUGUCUGUGUGUCUCUCAAGGUGAGAGUCUGAUUUUUAUACCAAAGAGGAAAUGAUUUUUUUCAUAUUUGGUUUGUCUAUAUUAUAUAAAUAUAUAUAUACAGUUAUAUAUAUAGUUAUAUAUAUAUUAUUUUUUUGGUUCUCUCUCAUUUUUUAGGGAGGGAGGAAAGUACCAAGUUGCAUUGAGCUGUAAUUAAGGAACAUUCUGUAUAAUUUAUGACACAUUUCUAUACUUGCAAAAUUAUAUCAUUUUAUGGAUAUAAAAGAAAA